CCAGGCCCCGGCGGCGGCGGCGGCGACGCGGUGGCGGGCCGCGGGCGGGCGGAGUGAGGAGCAGCGGCGGAGCGCGGGGCCGCCGGGAAGCCAGGGCGCCGGGACGCCCCCUGCCCAGUCCUCGCAGGCCGCCAGGCCCCCUCCAGCCGGGGCCGUGGAGCACCGGGGCAAAGGCCGGGGCCCCCCCAUGAAGGAGCGCGACCCGGCCCCGGCCGAGCGGGGCAAGCCGGCCACCUACACCGGGGACAAGAAGGCGAAGAUGGCGGCCAAGACCAACAAGAAGUGGGUCCGGCUGGCCACGGUGUUCGCCUACGUGCUCUCCGUGUCGCUGGCCGCCAUCGUGCUGGCCGUCUACUACAGCCUCAUCUGGCAGCCGGUGGGCGCCGGGACCUCGGGGGGAGCCGCCGGCCCGCCCCCCGGCGGCUCCAACGCCACCGGCCCGUCGGGGACUUCGGGGGCGGCGGCGGGGCCCAACGCCACCGGGCCGUCCCGCCGCGAGGCGCCUCGCGACGCGCCCCCGCUGCAGGCGGUGGGGCCGGCUGCCCCGGAGCCCGCCGCGGACGGCCCCCUGGCCGGGCCGCUGGAGCGCCCGAGGGGGCUGGACGAGGACGAAGAGGAGGAGGCCGCUGCGCCCCGGAGCCGUUGAACCUCUCCGCGCCGGGGGCGGUCGGGAAUCGCCGUCGUCCCCCAGCCCCCCGGAGCCCACGGGCAGGACUUUGCAGCAGGACCGUCUGUCUAUCCCCCCCACCCCGGAGCCCGCCGGAGCGACCCCCCUCCCUACGCGAGCGAACGCCCCCACACACACACCUCGGCGAUCGCCGGCUCGCCCCGGGAGCGGGUGAAGGCACAACCGGAUCUUCAGCCAAGGGACCGCGAUCCGCCGGGGACUCGGGGUUUGAUCUUUCCAGCGCCGUGGCUGCGCCAGGGCCCUGAGCCAUGAGGGGAAUUGGGGGGGAGGGGGGAGAGUCGAACACCCAGCCCGUUUGCGCCGCUACUCUGGUGUGUAUCCUAAACGCAGGGGGUGACUCGGGCGCCCCCUCCCCAAGACUCAGGGGAAGGUAGGGAGUUGUGUAGGGGCUCUUUUCUUCUUUUUUUUUUUUAAUAUGCCGAGGCUCUCCAAAAAGAAGAGAGCACCAAAAGUAGCGGAGCUCAGGUACGUCAACCCAGUUGCAGUGGCCAGACAUGCGUUUAAUUUAUAGUUCCCUGUAUAUAGUUGUUGACAUAUGCACUCGAAGCUAUAACCACAUAGAACUCUCUGUAUUUCCCCACACCCUGGGUAACUACUGAAUGGUGGGGUCCAGCAAGGGCUAUUUGCUGGCCUUCAAACUGCACUUAGUCAGAAGGGCACAAACACAGCUUUUUCUUUUUUCUUUUCCAUCACCCACUCUUUCACCUGUUCUCUUCCGGAUUCAGAAAGAUAAGUUUCUGACGUUCUUACACAAGGGUCUAAUCGUUCUUAAGGCUGCUGACAUGGCAGUGGAAAAACCUUAGCAGGAGAAUCAGUUCAGGGAGGGUGGGGAUGUGCUGAUCUCCCUCCAGUUCCCAUCCCCGUGCUCCCACCAAAGUGGCUUCCUGUUGUAGCCCUGAGCGUCUGGAUUCGUGCCAGGGGCAGUGGAGGGAAGGAGUAAGGCUGCUGGGUUUGGAUGAGUCCCUUUGCCCGACAGAAUUCCUUUAGGAAGAGCAAGCCUUUUUAAGCACAGUGAUUGGCAAGUGUUUUCUCUCAUUCCUUUUCUGUCUCUUCAAUUUUCUUAUCGGUUCCAGAUUUUUGUCUUACUUAAUUUCUUGCCCUUCUAGAUCUUGUCUUACUCAUUUUUUUGCAUUUCCUAUUUUCUGAGCCUGAAACAACACAGCAGCUUGCCGUUAGGACAAAAUCACUGGCAAACCCAGAGCUCUGAUUCGGUUCUGAGUUACUUUAUAGGGUCAGAAAGAGCAGAGGGUUGGGAUUCAAGGUCAGAAGUGUGCUUAGAUAGCCAGGGAAGAGACCAGCCAUGGGAAGAUUGAAUUGGCAGCUUGUCUUUCUCAUUCCGGAUAUGCUGCUCCCGCUUAAAUGCGGCCAACAGUUUUCUAGAGGUGGUGACAAAUGUCAAGGGACGGAUGGACACACACACACACACACACACACACACACGUAUAUGCAUAGCUCUGGGGCAGCAAGAAUUAUACUCCUUCAAUUUGGAUUCCAUUUCCUCCUGCCACUUGCUUUUAGGCAAUUGAGUGCGGGUAGUGACAGAGAUCAAACCCCUUAGUGUUUCCUUUUUGGGAAAUGAGCUACUUUUGAAAAACAAAACAGGAACCUUGCCCACCUUACUCCUGAAACUGUCUAUCCCAUUUUCUGGCCUACCUUGUAGUUAGUUUUGAUUCAGGUUUACAGGACAACAGUCUUGAUAUAAGCCAUGUCCUGUCCUGGGCAAGAAAAUAGCAACCAAGCUGGGAGCCUCCCAGCAGGCUGCUAACACCCCAAGGUGUCUGGGCUUGGAGAUUUCUUCACAGCUGAUGAGGACUUCAGUCAUUAGGAGGCCCAUGGGGACUUUUUAAAUUUUUGAUGAGAGACUGGGGGGAGGGGAAGAAACACAAAAUGCCACUUUAUAACUUCAAUAAUAGCCUGUAAUUUAUAUUUAUGGUGUGAAUUUUUAGUCCUAUAUUUUAAUAACUUGUAAAUUGAUCUCUUAUUCCAAGAAUUCCCUGGACUCGUGGUAGAGUGUCUGCGAGUCCAUUCCUCUUCCCCGCCUGAUCCUGCUUUAUGGACUGUAAAUCCACUUUGGGAUGAAUCAAAGAGUCCAGCAAGACCCCUCAUGGUCAGCUGGCCUCCUGACUCUCUAAAGCCUUCACUGGAAUUGGGACAUUUUCUCCAGCCCUAGCUGUGAACAUGACCAGAGACAUUAUUUAUAAUUCAGCCAUUCAAGAUAUACCUGUACUUUAAAAGUCCUGUAUAUUUUUUAAAAGUUUUAUUUUUCAGGUGAACAAAAAUACAUUCUAAGAACUCUGCCUAC